AUGCUGUUAGCCACCUUGGUGGAUGAUGCUGGUAUCACGACACCGGAGAAGGAUAUCACGACACCGGAGAAGGAUAUCACGACACCGGAGAAGUAUAUCAAGACACCGGAGAAGUAUAUCAAGACACCGGAGAAGGAUAUCAAGACACCGGAGAAGGAUAUCAAGACACCGGAGAAGGAUAUCAAGACACCGGAGAAGUAUAUCAAGACACCGGAGAAGGAUAUCAAGACACCGGAGAAGGAUAUCACGACACCGGAGAAGUAUAUCAAGACACCGGAGAAGGAUAUCAAGACACCGGAGAAGGAUAUCAAGACACCGGAGAAGGAUAUCAAGACACCGGAGAAGGAUAUCAAGACACCGGAGAAGGAUAUCAAGACACCGGAGAAGUAUAUCAAGACACCGGAGAAGUAUAUCAAGACACCGGAGAAGGAUAUCAAGACACCGGAGAAGUAUAUCAAGACACCGGAGAAGUAUAUCAAGACACCGGAGAAGGAUAUCAAGACACCGGAGAAGGAUAUCAAGACACCGGAGAAGGAUAUCAAGACACCGGAGAGGUAUAUCAAGACACCGGAGAAGGAUAUCAAGACACCGGAGAAGUAUAUCAAGACACCGGAGAAGGAUAUCAAGACACCGGAGAAGGAUAUCAAGACACCGGAGAAGGAUAUCAAGACACCGGAGAAGGAUAUCAAGACACCGGAGAAGGAUAUCAAGACACCGGAGAAGGAUAUCAAGACACCGGAGAAGGAUAUCAAGACACCGGAAAAGGAUAUCAAGACACCGGAGAAGGAUAUCAAGACACCAGAGAAGGAUAUCAAGACACCGGAGAAGUAUAUCAAGACACCGGAGAAGGAUAUCAAGACACCGGAGAAGGAUAUCAAGACACCGGAGAAGGAUAUCAAGACACCGGAGAAGGAUAUCAAGACACCGGAGAAGGAUAUCAAGACACCGGAGAAGGAUAUCAAGACACCGGAGAAGGAUAUCAAGACACCGGAGAAGGAUAUCAAGACACCGGAGAAGGAUAUCAAGACACCGGAGAAGUAUAUCAAGACACCGGAGAAGGAUAUCAAGACACCGGAGAAGUAUAUCAAGACACCGGAGAAGGAUAUCAAGACACCGGAGAAGGAUAUCAAGACACCGGAGAAGGAUAUCAAGACACCGGAGAAGGAUAUCAAGACACCGGAGAAGGAUAUCAAGACACCGGAGAAGGAUAUCAAGACACCGGAGAAGGAUAUCAAGACACCGGAGAAGGAUAUCAAGACACCAGAGAAGGAUAUCAAGACACCGGAGAAGGAUAUCAAGACACCGGAGAAGUAUAUCAAGACACCGGAGAAGUAUAUCAAGACACCGGAGAAGGAUAUCAAGACACCGGAGAAGGAUAUCAAGACACCGGAGAAGGAUAUCAAGACACCGGAGAAGGAUAUCAAGACACCGGAGAAGUAUAUCAAGACACCGGAGAAGUAUAUCAAGACACCGGAGAAGUAUAUCAAGACACCGGAGAAGGAUAUCAAGACACCGGAGAAGUAUAUCAAGACACCGGAGAAGUAUAUCAAGACACCGGAGAAGUAUAUCAAGACACCGGAGAAGGAUAUCAAGACACCGGAGAAGGAUAUCAAGACACCGGAGAAGGAUAUCAAGACACCGGAGAAGGAUAUCAAGACACCGGAGAAGGAUAUCAAGACAAAAUUGUUUUCGAUUACACCGUUGCACGCUACAGCAUUCUAA